AUGAAUGGACAGAUGUGGACAGGAAACGAGUUAUGAAUGACAUCAUCACAACCAUGUUCAAUAAAAAAUUCAUGGAAGAGCUGUUUAAACCGCAGGAUCUCUACUCCAAGAAAGCUCUGCGGACAGUGUACGACCGCCUCGCCCACGCGUCCAUCAUGCGGCUCAACCAGGCCAGCAUGGACAAGCUGUACGACCUCAUGACCAUGGCGUUCAAGUACCAAGUGCUGCUGUGCCCGCGGCCCAAGGACAUCCUGCUGGUCACCUUCAACCACCUGGACGCCAUCAGGGAUUUCGUGCGCGAUUCCCCGGGCAUUAUGAACCAGGUGGACGAGACUUUCCGGCAGCUGAUCGAGACCUAUGGCUGUCUCUCUGCUGGGGAAUUUCAGCUCAUCAGGCAAACACUCCUCAUCUUUUUUCAGGACAUGCACAUCAGGGUCUCGAUCUUCCUGAAGGAUAAAGUGCAGAACUCCAACGGUCGCUUUGUGCUGCCGAUAUCGGGCCCAGUUCCGUGGGGCACAGAAGUCCCAGGGCUCAUCAGGAUUUUUAAUCACAAUGGAGAUGAAGUUAAAAGAACGGAGUUCACCACUGAUGGAAAUUACGUUACUCCGCAAAGGGAAGGAUCUUUUGAUCUCUAUGGAGACAGAGUCCUCAAACUUGGAACAAACAUGUACAGCGUCAGUCGGCCAGUGGAGACGCACAUGUCGGGAUCGGCCAAGAACUCGGCAUCCCACGCAAAGGAGGACAUAGCCCCUAACCCCCUUGUUAAAGAAGAGCUGAACUUUCUGGCCAGGCUGCUGGGAGGUCUGGACGUGAAGGAACCCGGUGGCAGCGAGACGAGAUUUCGGCUGAACUUGUUCACAACCGACGAGGAGGAAGAACACGCUGCACUGACGAGACCGGAGGAGUUCUCUUACAAGGUUAUCAACAUAGAAGCCACGCAG